AUGGCGGAUCUUCCAAAGGAGCGCCUAGACGGUUCUCAUGCCUUUGAGAUCACAGGCGUAGACUUUUGUGGCCCGUUUUUCUACAAGCCGGAGGCACGCAACAAGGCUCCAAUCAAGUGCAACGUCUGCGUCCUUAUUUGUUUCGCGACCAAGGCUGUUCAUCUGGAGCUGAUCAAGGAUCUAUUGACAGUUCUCCACGGUCUAAAGCGUUUUAUAUGCACCAGACGAAAGCCACGGAACGAGCUCGUGGAGCUAAGGCGCCUGUUUCUCAGCGAUGAUCAUCUGAAGGCGGUUCUGGAUUUUUGUUUGGUUGAGUCUAUUGAUUGGCAGUUUAUCCCGCCGUGCUCUCCACACUUUGCUGGCCUAUGGGAAGCUGCAGUGCAGACGGCCAAGUACCACUUCUAUCGAGCGAUAUCCAUUUCUGUUCAUGGAUUUGACGAGCUGCGGACGCUGUUAUGCCACAUCACGGCAGUCAUUAAUACAAGACCUUUAGUUCCCAUUUCAGAGAGUCCUGCCGAUCUUGACGUUUUAACUCCAGCACCCUCCUGCUUCCUCUUUUGGUCCCGGUGGAAGGAGCAGUACAUCACGUCGCUGCAGCAGCGCUCAAAGUGGCGAACUCAGAAACCGAGUUUAACAGUCACCGACCUGUUCCUCGUCAAGGAUGAAAAUCUACCUCCCAUGAAGUGGCCACUAGCGAGGGUGGUCGAACUACUACCUGAAAGAGAUAGCGUCGCCCGAGUCGCUGUUCUGAAGACUGCAACUGGAAUCACCAGGCGAGCCGUUAACAAGCUGUGUCUGCUUCCCCUUAAAGAUGCUGUUGAAAGUCAGGCUUCCAACGGGGGACCUAAUACGACCAAGUCGUCCAUGUAUAGGAAUGCCUGUGCAGGUGAUAAUCCUGCAAAUGCCAUGGUCAUCAUUCUUUGGAAUGAGUUUGGGGCUAUUUUGAGGCCGUAA